CUGCAACCUUAACUGUUCCUUUCCUCGUGGUUGAGACAUGUCAAAACAAAAAACCACUUAGAAAGCAUGGAACCAUCGCUAAAAGUUAUAGUGAAAAUGUUCUCAAAGAAAGGUAUUCCAGAUACAGAAUUAGUUUCCUUACUGAGACUUGCCUUAAGGUGCAAAACCACAGUUUCUGAGAAUGCUGAUACUGUUUUAUAUGCAGUUUUAUCCUCUUCAUUUAGCGAUGUAUUUAUGAUAAAUUUACUUAAAAAGUUAAACUGUGAAGAAACACUGGCAAUCUUACAAAUACUUUUAUCUUUGUUGAAGAAUCCAGAAAUUGACUCACUUGCUGUUGAUUCCAAACCAUCAGAUUAUCAGGUAUUCAGUUGGACUUGUUUGGUUAUUCAAUCACACAUGGAGACAUUGUUAUUUUCAAAAGACAAAGAAAUAAUUUUGUUGUUAAAAGAACUAAAUAAAUGCCUCAUAGAAAAGAUGGAAGAAUAUGAAGAUUUUGAAAGAAUUAGAAAUUUUCUACUUUUGAGUAAAAACAGCUUUUCAAAAGACAAUUCUAGAAAAAAAUAUACUAUAGAAAAUUUAGAAUAAAAAUAUUCACACAUUC